AUGGCUGCCAAGGUUUACAUUAUCAUCUACUCUCUCUACCAUCACAUCUACACUCUUGCUCAAGAAGUCCAAAAGGGUCUUGUUGCCUCUGGUGUUGACGCCAAAAUCUUCCAAGUUCCCGAGACUCUCUCUGAUGAGAUCUUGACCAAGAUGCAUGCUCCCGCUAAGCCUGAUGUUCCUGUCAUCACUGUCCAAGAUUUGACUGAAGCCGAUGGUUUCUUGUUCGGCAUCCCUACUCGUUUCGGUACCAUGCCCGCUCAAAUCAAGGCUUUCUUGGAUUCCACUGGUGGUCUUUGGGCCUCCGGUGCUCUCGCUGGUAAGUUCGCUGGUACUUUCUUCUCCACUGCCUCUCAACACGGCGGUCAAGAGACCACUGCUUUCACCACCAUCACCUACUUUGCUCACCACGGUAUGGUUUAUGUUCCUCUCGGUUUCAGCUCUCCUCAUCUUUUUGAUAACUCUGAGGUUGUUGGUGGUUCCGCUUAUGGUGCUGGUACUGUUGCUAACGGUGAUGGUAGCCGUCAAGUCACCCAAAAGGAACUUGAGAUUGCCCACACUCAAGGUGAGAACUUUGGUAAGAUCAUUACCACCUACGUCAAGGGAAAGACCGCUUAA